AACAUUUGUCAAAACCAGCUGAUUGAUUAAACUCAAAAAAAAAAUCAGAUAAGAAAAUAGAUUAUCACCUGUGUUUAUUUCAUGUUUUAAACUUGUUUUUCCGUCUUAAACAAGGGCAUUUAUCUUCCAUUACGUUGAAAAUAUGUAAUCUCGAAACAUGGCAGCGAAAAACAUAUUCUCCAAGCAUUUACCCAACGUAAAGUUGGCCACUCGUUUCGACGCAGACGGAAACGAGAUACAGGUCGAACGCAGGGAAGAUGAGGAACAGAAACGGCGGGAGCAGGACAUCAUCGACAUCCUGGUCGGAGCCGGAUACUAUCGAGCGCACAUUCAGGGCUUAUCCAUCUUCGAUAAAAUUGUGGGUGGAAUGACCUGGUGCAUCGAGGCCUGCGACUACGAUGUGGAUGUCGAUCUGUUGUUCCACGAAAAUUUAACCAUCGGCCAGAAGAUAGCUCUCACGGAAAAGAUAGUAGUAGUCCUGCCGAAGAUGAAGUGUCUUUUUGCAUUGGAGCCGCACCAAAUUCAGGGUUUGGAUUUUAUCAACAUAUUUCCGGUAGUCGAGUGGUUGGUGAAGCGAUCGGCUGAAAAUCGUAGCGAGAAAGCUGAACGGCUGAAGAAACUUGCGGCCGGGCAGUUUCAAAACUUUUUUGCUCUUGAGUCGGAUCGUGAAGCCAAACAAGUUCACCAGAAGCAGUUGAGCAAUUUGAAAACUGUUGAGGAUAUGUACAUUCCCAAAAGACAGUUUAGACGCAAGGAAAAGGGUCCGGAUGAUGUUAUGAGUCGAGUUCGUAUAACCUUGAUGGAAUAUGGAACUAGGGACUUUUCCGUGAAAACGAACGUGGACAUUCCGGAAAUCGACGAAGCUGUGGAAGAAGAGAUUUUCCAAGAUAAAUUGCAAUUAGCCGAGCAUGAGCUUGAUUUCGAUCAAUUAUUCAAAAAUUUAUCAGUUGCCAAAGAGCAAAACGAGACAACGAAACUGUCUGACAGUGAUCGUGCGGCGCUCAACCAGCAUUAUGAAGAUCUGAAAAGGGAAAUGGCCAUAGACACCAGUCAAUUAUCGGAACAAAACAAAAUCAAAACCAUACUAGCGACUAAACUAGCGCUAGAGAAGAAAUUGCAGCGUGUUAAAGUAGCAAAUCAGAGUCAAAAAGACAAGCUCGAGCAUGAACGACGCCAACUGGAACAGGCCAAGAACGAUCGAGCAAUUCUGGAAGCGGAAAUUCACAAUCUAGACAAUCUGGAAAUCAGCGAGGACAACCAGAAAAUUUUAGAUCACGUGCAAGAGUUGAUUCGACAGAAUGAAAAAAUGAAACAACAGGAGGUCGAAUUCAAAGAGAGAUGUAAGAAGGAACUAGUCGAGCUGCAGGAAAAAAUACAAAAAGCCGAAGCUAGCACUCCUGAUGAGGACAUCCUCGAACUGGAACGCCAACUGGAAGCAGAACAGAGCCGGUUAGCUACCCUACGUCUUCAGCUGGCCAAAAAGAACCGAGCCUAUGUGUCGAUUAAUCGACAAAUGGAUAAUAUUCCUGAUCGUACUGAGCUGGCUCAGUAUCAGAGACGCUUUCUUGAACUUUAUAACCAAGUAAGCGCAAAACAUCGAGAAACCAAACAAUUCUACACCCUAUACAACACUCUGGAUGACACGAAGCUCUAUUUGGAGAAGGAGAUGUCGCUGCUGAAUUCCAUCUAUGAAAACUACGCCGGGGCUAUGCAAUCCUUUGCCUCUCGAGAUCAGUUUGUGCAACAGUUUGAAGCCAUAGUGGAAGGAAUCCAUACUAACAAAAUUAAGGUGAACGCCAAGUGCGAAGAGGAACGCUCGAAGCGGGACAGCCUUAAUGCUCAGCUGCUGGCCUUGGUGGAGCAGCAGCGCAAAUAUGCUGCGACCGUUAAACAACUUACGGUGGAGUGUCAACGAAACGAUGCCCUCCUAAAGCAAUUACAGCUGCUGCAGAAACAAAAGCCGACCAAGAACCUUCCAUUGAUGGAAUAGACUUUUAGGAUGAUUUCCGCGAAUUAGCACAUGGUGUGCCUGUGUGGGAAAGACUUCCAAUUUAAUUUUCCUCGUUAUUUUAUUUUAUUUUAUUUUUUUUUUGGAAUGCUCUUCAAAACUAAUGUAUCGAAUAAAGUCCAACUAUUACGGUAUGAUUAACACAUUUAUUGGCUACUACCAUCCGUUCCUGGUUCUGAUUGUUUCACCUCUUUCAGGUGUUGACUCUGAAUUUCUCGGUCUACGUAGGUUCUAAUAUCACGCAAUGGCUUAUAGUAAGCGUGUACAACCUGGGAGCCAGCAAACAUCGACAGCAUUGCGGCUGCCAUAAACUUAACGUACUCCUUGGUCGAUACACCGGCCGGCAUUGUGUGAGGUUUUUUUUUUUAAAUAUAACAAUUUACCUUAACUAGUAGACUGUUGGCUUGGUUCCAACUGGUGUAGUCGCAACUUUUCGUCGACGAUUUCCUUGGCUUGACGCUUCUUGAAGGUGUUAU